CAAGACGAUUGUGUGUUACACUAUUAUAAUGCAAUGGCAAGGUUCAACUUUGAGACUCAGCUCCAAGAGAUACUUGGUGUCCCAGACUCAAUUUGGCUGGGAUGCGUCCAAGUUGACCUGAACAAACCCGAGAUAGGCCGUGGCUCGGAUGCCACUGUGUAUACAAGUGAGUUGGAGGGUCUCCCUGUUGCUGUGAAGGUCUUACAUAGUAUUUUACUCCAACAGGGCAAUGUCGGGCGUGCAGCUCUUCUGCAGCGAUUCGGCACUGAGUGCCUAGUCAUGCGGCGACUGCAGCAUGAAAGAAUUGUGCGACUGCUCGGGAUCGGCAUUGCUCCCAAUCAAUCUCCGUGUAUAGUGGUAGAACUGAUGGCCGGCUCGCUAGGUGAUCGAAUUGGAGCUGUUCCAAGAGAGCCAUUCGCGCAAAGCCUUCAGUAUCUUGUCGACACGGCGGAAGGUUUGCGUUUUCUGCACGGCAAGAACAUUUUGCAUCGCGAUUUGAAACCCCACAACAUCUUGAUCACGGCAGGGAGAGCCAAGAUAGCUGAUGUAGGUUUGGCCCGCUCUCUUCACGGUGGUCAAGGUGCAGACUUGACAACUCUGACACGGUGCCCCGGUACGCCUUAUUUUAUGCCGCCAGAGAGCCUGCAAGUGGGCACAACAUACGACGAAAAACUGGAUGUGUUUUCUCUAGGAGUGGUGAUGCUGUCGCUGCUUGUGGGACGACCGCCUUCCCCAACUGAAGCUACUGUUCUGCUGGAGAAUGGAACGCGGAGAUCAGUUCCGGAGGGUCGCCGACGCAAAGCAGAUCUGGAUCGACUGGGCUCGGAUCACCCACUGCAUUCUCUAAUCGUGUCGUGUCUGCAUGAUGAUCCUGGAUCUAGACCCACAUCGGCUGAUGUUCACAUGCACUUACUGCAGAUCUCACCUCGCUCUAUGUCCGCAGAUCGCUAUUUGAGUCAGUUUGCAGACAUUCUGACUCAACUGCAAACGAUCGCCACACAACAGCAGGCAAUCAUCACCCGAGUGACAGCUGUGGAAGAGAAAGUGAACGGCAUGGAUGCAUUGAGGGAGAGAGUUUCCACCAUCGACACUAACCUCAGUGCCCACUCCUCAACUCUCGCUUCACUCAACUCCAACGUGGAUACACGCUUGGCUGCAGUGGACUCACGCUUUGCUGCAUCGGAUUCACGCUUUGCUGCCCUGGAGUUACUUGCCUCCAGGCAGUUGUCACCUUCACCAUCAACUGCAUCAUCAUCAGCAGCAGCAGUAGUAGCUGCAUCUCAACCAUGGAAGCGUGAUUACACACAGAUCCGCAAAUCAAGGUACUCAUUUGGUAGAUAUGGCAGUGGGAGAGAUCAGUUUAACUGUCCUAGCGGACUAGCAACCAACAAAGCUGGUGACCUGAUCUUCUGUGACACCCGCAACCACAGAAUAAAGAUACACGGUGUUGAUGGCCAGUUCAAGCAGACGACUGGUCGGAAGGGUACAAACUGUGGAGAGUUCGAUUUCCCAACAGCCGUGCAUGUAACAGAUGAUGAACGAGUGAUCAUUGCUGAUGCUUCCAACCACCGACUACAGAUCACUGACAAGGACUUCUCCAAGUUCAGCACCAGAGGAAGUUUUGGAUCAGGAAUUGGCGAGUUCAAUUUCCCAGCUGGUGUUGUCCUAGUGAACCACAGCGCACUGGGCCAGUGCCUUGCUGUGACUGAUACAUGUAACCAUCGGGUUCAGGUUGUGCCAUGCAGUGGUGAGACAGGAUAUGCGUUUGGAACGAGAGGUAGUGGUCAAGGCCAAUUUCAAUUUCCAAGAGGCAUCGCAGUGUACCACAACAGGUUGUUUGUUGCUGACGAGGACAACCAUCGCAUCCAGGUAUGUUAUCAUGUUAAUCUGGCAACAACGUCAACAAUGAUGCCGAAUACGACAACAACCGCAAUGACAACGACGGCAACAACGAUGAUGACGACAGAGACGACGGCGACAACAACAACAACAACAACAACAACAACAACAACGACGACAAAAACGACAAUAACGACAACAGCGACAACAACGACAACAGCGACAACAACAACAACAACAACAACAACUACUACUACUACUAAAACUACAGUACCGGCAACUGAAAUCCGACCCCUGGGCGGUGGGUUUACAUUCUAGCGGUCUCUGUUUCGUAGUUUUACCAUCCCGUGUAGGGUCUUUGCAAUGUGAGCACUGUGAGCUCAGGGGGUCGGAUUUCAGUUGCCUGCACUGUAGUACAGCAGCAGCAGCAGCAGCAGCAGCAGCAGCAGCAGCAAGUUCAGCUUUAUAUUGUUGUGACAGGUCUUUGUAGGUGGUUGUUCCAAACUUUGAUGCUUACACUUCAUUCUGAUUGACUUGACACUUGACUGACUCAUGACUGCCGUCUAGAGCCCAUGAUCAGCAAGUGGAAGGUUUGACUCAGAAAAUCUGCAAAAAUGCCACCCUCUGCUAUAUGCAGUGUUCUGGGGAAUUCCCCCUGUAUCAGCUGAGCUUCAGAACGUUACUGUAAUCUGUGCUCUGAGAGCACUGAAAAAUGUGUUGCUCUCUGGCAAGAGCCGAGAUCCAAAGUUUGG